GCAUGCGCAGCUUCGCUUCGACGGGAAGUGAUGGAGGAUCGGCGGGCGGGCCUGGCGUGGUCGUGAAAGGCGCUGCGGGUUCUUUUAGAAACAACUUGUGCCAAGAGAAUGGAGGGCGGCUGGGCGGACAGGGAAAUGGAGCAGGCGGCUUCCGAGCCGAAGGAGCGCGUCGACUCGGCGGAGGAAGGAGGGCCGCGGGAAGACCUGGAGGAGCAGCGGAAGCAGCUGUGCUUGGACUUUGCCUCCAUCAGUAAUUGUGGUGGUGCAGCCUCUGCUGAGCGCUACCUGGCCGAGAACGGCUGGGAUAUGCAGAAGGCGCUGAAUUCAUACUUUGACCCGUCUCCUGAGCAAGAUGUUGACAGGAUGUCCCAUCCAGUUCCCGCCACGGGGGCUCCUGUUGAUCUAACUGAACGUUCGACUACCAAUACUGUAGCUGCUGCAGUAGUGGAAGCUGCAGGAAUCUGCCCACAAGAUGACAGCACUUUUUCUUUAAUUACUUGGAAUAUUGAUGGCCUGGAUUCAAAUAAUCUGCAAGAAAGGGCACGAGGAGUCUGCUCCUAUCUAGCUUUAUACAGCCCAGAUGUGGUAUUUUUACAAGAGGUUAUUCCUGUAUAUUUAAGUUACCUCCAGAAGAGAGCAGUCAGUUACACAAUUAUUCCAGGUAAUACGGAUGGUUAUUUUACCGCCAUCAUGCUAAAAAAAUCAAGAGUAAAAGUUUUAAAACAUGAAAUAACAGCUUUUCCUACAACCAGUAUGCUGAGAAAUUUAUUAGCAGUAUAUGUAAACAUUUCUGGCAAUGACCUGUGUCUUAUGACUUCCCACUUGGAGAGUACUAAGGAUCACAGUGAAGAGCGUUUAAAACAGUUGAAACUGGUGCUUGCCAAAAUAGCAGAGGUACCCGAGUCAAGUUCUGUGAUUUUUGGAGGUGACACAAACUUAAGAGACAAAGAGGUUGCUAAAAUAGGUGGCUUACCUAACAAUGUUUUGGAUAUUUGGGAGUUCUUGGGCAAGCCGGAACAUUGCAAGUACACCUGGGAUACAACCCAAAACAGCAACCUGAAUGUAAGAUACAAGUGCAAAAGUCGAUUUGAUCGUCUGUUUUUCCGAGGGGCAACAAAUGGUGGACAGAUUAUUCCUCAGAGUUUGGAUUUGAUUGGUGUGGAAAAACUGGAUUGCGGCAGAUUUCCUAGUGAUCAUUGGGGACUGUUUUGCAAUUUUGAUGUGAUAUUGUAAGAAGAAACCAUUUCACUGUUGUGAUUUUUAUGUUCUUCAAAAUUUUAAGCCAGUUCUAAUGUUAAUUUUGAUUCACAAUCGUGUAAGCUAAGCACUCCAUUUUACUUGUUUCGAGAAUUCUUGCUUGGCAAAGGCGAAACAUUCCAUUUAAAAUAUUAAGGUCUCAUACAGUGCAGAAGAUGUUUUAGUUAAUUUGUGUGUAUGAGAGAGAAAUCAUUUACUAAACACAUCAUAAGUUGUUUUUAAUAAAGAAUCCUUGUGAGUCCA